UACCAUUUCCACCAUCUCCUAAUGAUGUGGGACGAGAGGAACAGGGAUGUCCCGGUUCGUAGGACAGAUUGCAUAAAAUUCGAGUAUUUCUCGUUGCUGCUCGUAUGUGUGUGUAAUGGCGAGUGAUUUUUGUGAUUGAAUUUGUUGAAUUUUGACGCGGGAAUGGUAUCCCAAUACAUAUGAGUGAUCGGUUAUACCUGAGGGGCUUCACCGGGACAUCGCACGAAGUGUGGCGCGAAAUAAAUUUUAUAGCUAAAGAUUUGAAGACUGGCUAUAAAUGGACGUACCAGAGGAACCGAUUCCAGCAAAGAGGAGAUGUAUCUCGAGAAAUGAGGAUAACAUGCAACUGAUCCAAUGUGUACGAGAAUUCCAAUUACCACAACAGUUCCCCAGUGUAAUGAAGCAAACCAUGAACACCGUCGUCACGGAUGAGAGAAAUGAAAGAAGUAGGGUAAAUAUUGAAAAUUCCCUCGCACCAUCGUUGAUAAUCCCCGUAACUACGAAAAUAUCUAGUAUGCAAAAUACAAUUCCAUUCAAGUUGCGGAAAUUGAGAAUCUUAGCCCUUGACGGGCGCGACUUGGGCGAAUUUAAUGUAGAAUUGCGGGUAGAUGAUCUAUCAAACAGACAUAAAAUUAUAAUUACCAAAUCGUGUAAAUUUAAGCCUACGAAGAAACAAGUAACAAUUGCUCUACCCUCACAUCCUACAUCAAGCAGAAUAUUUCCACAAAUAUGCAAAGAGGAUAUUGUAAAGAGGCCAAAAUGUAAUUUAAUAGGCAAGACACGUUGUGAUAACAUUUCUGAAGCAAAUAAACUUCAAAUAUUGCAACAGCAAAAACAACAAAAGCAAGAACAUAUUUUACCGAUACAAGGAAUCGUAAUGCAUGUUCAAGAUGCAAGAGCUAGUAAGCAAGUUUCUAAUAAUAGUUUCAAUAAAGUAUUAUCAGUUUCAGGAAAUGGUGCAAUUCCAAAAACCUUUAUGUGUCAGGCUGCUGUUAGCAAUGAUCGCAAUGUAGUUUAUAAUUUAAUGAAUAAUGCACAAAAUAGUUUGAAAAUUCAAGAAAUAAAAACUGAAAACAAUAAAUCUUUUAAAGGCACAAAUAUAUCAGUGUCUGACAAUUACGAUUCAUUAUUCCCUGUAGUAGGCGAUAAAAAUUUCACUAGUCAAUAUAGUGAUAAUAAUUACUCAAGAAUGUCUGCAUAUUCUAAAGGAAAAUGUAUUGCUACUAUAAAAAAUACAAAAGGUGGUAAGAUAGUUACGUCUCUGUCUGCAGUAAAGAGUAAAGAGUGCAGUAAAAUCAACAAAGACUGCACUGUAGAUCAUUUAGAUAGUAAUAACAGAAACAGUCUUAAUUAUCAGGGAGUUUCCAGUAACAAAAAUAAUUUGCUUCACGAUAAACCCAACAUAGCAUCCAAAAAUAAUCAAGUACAUGAGAUAAAACUACAGGAAAAUGUUAUGACAGUUAUACCUAAUAGUGAAAAUUGUUUACAUAAGCCAAAUAUGGCUUUGAUACAAGAUUGUAAUGUAACUACAUCGUCAGUAAUUAAUAAAACUGCAACCUAUGUAAAUCAUAGUAAAAUUACAUGUAGUAGGGUGUAUGAUAAUACCCAAAGUAAACAGGUCUUGAAGAAAACACGUGAGAAUGACAAUACUUGUCAACGAGAUGCAUUAUCCAACUGUGCAGCUGCGCAGUACACUCCGCAUUUACAAAAAGCUGCAGAUAAUAGUGCAAACGUUCAAUUGAACUUACAAAGAAAUGAAAACGGUGUUCAAGAUUUGCCCCAGAAAGAUUUACUUAAGCAAUUGGAAAUUAUUAAGAAAGCAAUGGAUAGUGUAAAAGACAAUGAGUUACGAGAGCUCGCGCUACAAGCCUUAGCAGAUUGUGGAAUCGGAAUUGAGAGGUACGUCCCAAUACAACCACAAAAAUAUAAAACUGUACACGACACACAAAUGCAGACUACAAUCUUCAGUCUACUGGAUCCUAAAUGUUUUAUAUCGAUAAAUAAAGAUAUAGAAAGUAUUCAUAGGAUAAAACACAUUACUCUUCACGACGUUGAUGACAAUUCAUUCAAAUUGCCAAAUAAUGUAACUCACACUCAUAAUAAUUCAGUAUCUAAAAGUCCUGAUGUGAUCGAGCAAGAGAAGGAAAACGAUUUUGAUAUAGAUAAUUUUAUUAAUCAAAUCUGCGAGGAGAAUUCAAUUUUGAAGAUGAAAGACACCCUAAAACCCUCAAGAACGAACGCGAAAUGUGUGAGAAUUAUAGGACAACUGGAAAGGGACUUCGAACGCGCCAAACAACACGAUGAAAACGGCAGAUUGAGCAUACACAAUGCUGUGUUGAGCAAUAACAUCUAUCUUGUUCAGAGACAAUUAAUAGUCCUUAAACUACGCAAGGAAAACGUCGAUAUACCGACUGAAAAUGGAGAGACAAGUUUAGAGUUGGCAAUCAAAUAUGACAUAUGCAGCGAAAUCGUGAAAGUUUUGCUGGAAGCUGGAGCGCAACCGGUGCUUCCGAAACACACGCACGAGUCAGCAGUGAUUAUAGCCAGUAAACAGUCAUCACCACUACUGCCAAUGCUCAUUAGCCAGGUCUCGAAUUCAAAAUUGCUAGAUCAAAUAGAUUCAGAAGGUUUUGCUGCGUUACAUUACUGCAGCAUGCACAAUAAUUUGCAAGGAGCUAAGGCGCUUUUAUCAGCUGGUGUAACUAUAGAUUUGAAGGACAUGAAAUCAGGACGGACUGCUUUGUUUCAUGCCGUGGACAACUCUCAUAUAUCGGUAGCUCAAGCGUUGUUACAGGCUGGUGCUAUUGCAAAUGUUCCAAAUUUUGCGGGACAAACACCUCUGUUAGUGACCGAAAAAUUCUUACAAAACAAUUUUGGAAAAGAAACUUAAUUAAUUUUAUACUUAUAACUUACAAAUUAAAUUGUAAAUAGUAAACAAGCCUGUGGAGUAACGAUCCGUUUAUUAUCGAAGACUGGCCCACAGAAUGUUAAGCAGCUUGUUCACAUCUUUUACGUAACGGAGUCUGUGUACCCUGCAGCACACAGAAGCAUGCAGAAGUUUCUGCAUUAAUAUAGCAAAAUCAAUAAAGUUUACUAUAUUAA